CGCAUGCAUGCAGGGCCCAACAGAUUAAAACUAAAACAAAACAAAACAAAAUCAAAAUACAACACCCGUGGGCCGUAUACCGCCAAAGCAAAGCCAGCCCAAAUUUUGCUUUCUUCUUCCUCACUCCGCUGUCUGGCUCUCCUCUCACUCACGGGCUCACCCGGCCGCUCGCUCUACUCCAUCGCCGUCGUCCCGCUGUCUGGCAGCAACCAUGGGACUGCCACCACCAUUGCCAUCGCUUCUCCUCCUCAUCAUCCUCCUCGUCGCCGGCAGCAUCACGCACAAUUCCGGCAACGCCGCCGCUUCGAGCAGCAGCAGCCCGAUCAAGAACGUGGUGGUGCUGGCGCUGGAGAACCGGUCCUUCGACCACAUGCUGGGCUGGAUGCGCCGCCUGCUCGGCCUCCCCAUCGACGGCCUCACCGGCGCCGAGUGCAACCCCUUCACCACCUCCUCCUCCCCCUCCCUCCCCCCAAUCUGCGUCUCCUCCGACGCCGACCUCGUCGUCCCCUCCGACCCCGGCCACUCCUUCGAGGACGUGCUCGACCAGGUCUUCGGAUUCCGGCCCCCAGCCCCGAACCCUAGAAACCAAUCCCAAUCCCCUCCACCAAACCCCACAAUGUCCGGAUUCGUCCGCAGCGCGCUCUCCGUCGACGGCGCGCGCCUCCCCUCCGCCGUCAUGCGCGGGUUCACCCCGCGGCUGCUCCCCUCCUUCUCCGCGCUCGCCGCCGGGUUCGCCGUCUUCGACCGCUGGUUCUCCUCCAUCCCCGGCCCGACCCAGCCCAACCGCCUCUUCCUCUACUCCGCCACAUCCCACGGCGCCGUCGCCCACGACAAGCUCCGCCUCCUCGCCGGAUACCCGCAGCGGACCAUCUUCGACUCCCUCGCCGACGAGUCCCUCCCCUUCGCCGUCUACUUCAAGUCCAUCCCCACCACGCUCUUCUUCCGCCGCCUCCGCACCGUGCGCGCCGCCGCGGGGAGCUUCCACUUCUACGACGACACCUUCAGGUCCCACGCGCGGACGGGCACGCUCCCGGCGCUCUCCGUCAUCGAGCCCCGGUACUUCGACGUCCCCAGCGCCGGCGCCCCCGCCGACGACGACCACCCGGCCCACGACGUGGCCCAGGGCCAGCGGCUCGUCAAGGACGUCUACGAGGCGCUGCGGGCCGGCCCGCAGUGGAACUCCACGCUGCUCAUCGUCACCUACGACGAGCACGGCGGCUUCUACGACCACGUCGCCACGCCCGUCGCCGGCGUGCCCAGCCCCGACGCCGUCAGGGGCCCGCUGCCCUUCUUCUUCAAGUUCGACAGACUCGGGGUCAGGGUGCCCACCAUCAUGGUGUCGCCGUGGAUUAAGAAGGGGACGGUGGUGGGCCGCCCGCCCAAUGGGCCGACGGCGACCUCCGAGUACGAGCACUCCUCCAUCCCGGCGACCAUCAAGAAGAUCUUCAACCUCAGAUCUGACUUCUUGACCAAGAGAGAUGAAUGGGCUGGCACGUUUGAGCACAUCUUCACUGAACUCAAAGAACCAAGGACUGACUGCCCAGAGACUUUGCCAGAAGUACCAUUUGAGAGAACACGCCCAGCAAAAGAACACGGCCUUCUCUCGGAUUUCCAGCGCGAGCUAGUCGAACUAGCAGGGUUCUUGAACGGCGACUACAUGUUGGCGAGUUUUGCUCAGGAGGCUCAGAAGAACAUGACCGUGAAGCAGGCCGACGCAUACGUGAGACGAGCCAUCACAAGUUUUCUGCAGGCAAGUAAGCAGGCCAGAAGGUUAGGUGCAAAUGAGUCUGCUAUUGUCACUAUGAGAUCAUCCUUGACAAGUAAGAGUACCACCUCAAGUCCUUAAUUACAUAUCUCUCCACUUAGCAGCCUAUAUCACCCACUGCAUUGUGAGUAUAUACCAUAUGUGAAAUGUCACUGUAACAUAAAUAUAACUGAACAGGGAGCUGCAAGACGAGCUGCCCUUUUUCUGUUACCCCCUUUUUAACAAUGUAAUACUAGCCUUUUCAUCUUGAAAUGUAGAGUGCACAUCUGUGGAUCAUUUCCUUGAAUUUCAUUAGAAGGAACAUGUUAUAUAUAGCAAAAAUUUAGGAGGACAGUUAUCUCUGAAAUGAAUACACGUGGUGCUUUGUUUGUUUCA